AUGGAGGUGCUAAGCCCCGCGGUGAGUGCGCUCCUGAACAACCUGAGCCACCGGAUCUUGAAAUUGGACACGUUUCUGGAAGACAGUCUCGACCAAGCGCACGUUCGCAUCCAGGCGUUGACGGACGAGAUCAAGGUCAUUGUGCACAUACAAAAGCGCAAAAUCGCCGAAGCCAAGCUCAUGGCCAUCAUCCACGAUGCCACAGUGACCAACGCAGGGGAACACCUGACACGCACCCAGCCCCCGUCAUCGACGUUGAUGUUAAAAUCCCAGUUGUUCUCUGCAUCAUCUCAAUCUCCACUCCAACUAAUACGACAUCCCCACCGAUACUGGGGCUACUGGGAAGUCUCAGAGCUGUCAACUGCGUUGUCCGAGGCCCAGGCUCAACUGGACAGUGCGCGGCGAGACGUGCAAGUGCUCAAGGCGGACGUCGACAUGUUUGGAGACGCGAUGUUCCAAGAUCACCAGCGCCGCCUCACGGACGAGUUGGCGUGUGAACACCACCGCGUCAAGGCACACAAAGGGUAUUAA